GUUGAAGGACGCUAAAACCUUAGAAAAAGAUAAUUUAUUACUUUUGGGGAUACGCUUACUGUCUUAAAAAAUAGCUAAGAAAAACAAUUUUAAAAAUUGUUUUCUUGCUUAGAAGCUAAAACAAUCAACAUCCGGGUUCUGUAAGCGUGUAGUCUGUCGCUGCAUGAUGACGUUAAAAGUAGGCCAUAAACAAAAUAAACAAAACUCUCCUUAGUUACCGCUUGGACGGGGACUUGUGGAUGGCUUAGUGGGUGUGCAUCAACGUUCCAUCUUUAUAGUGUGCUGUGGACGGUUGUUUCCACCCAUUUGCAAGCGGUCACGCUAUUCAUAGAGGUAUAAUUUCGGACAAGUAAGGAUGCCUCCCAAAAAAGGCAAAGGAAAAAAGGAGAAAAAGGGGAAAAAGAGACCCAAAGCACCACAAGAGCCUGAGCCUCCGCCCGAAUUGUCAGACGAGGUGAAGGCCCUCAUAAGCCAAAUUGAACAGCUCCAAAUAGAUGUGGAAACAGAAAUGAAGGAGAGGAACAAGUUCCAGCUGGAAGUGGACAUGCUCUGCACCUUCUGGGAGGUGACAGGCCAACAACUGGAGGAGACCAACGCUGAGUAUGUCAACCUGUACAACGAAAUUGAGACGGACGAGCUCAACCACCGACAAGACAUCAAAGAGUACUUGGGAGGAAUCAAGCUCUACAAGGAGGAUCUCAAGAAGCACCAGGAAGACUUUGAAAAGCAUGUGCGUAAGGUUGAGGAGUUGGAGGUAAAGCCUUACGAGAAGGAGCGUGCUGAGAUGAUACUGGACGAACAGCUGGACAUCGAGGACACUGUCAACAUGCUGAAGGCCAAGCACAACGAAGACAUGGCUAGAAGAGAACAGGGGAUGAAUGAGCAGCUCCUGCAGACGGAGCAAAAGUACAAGAAGAAGCUGGAGCUGCUCCAACACGACCUGACCAACAAGGAGAAGACCAAACUGAGCGAGAGAGAGUACUACUGGAGUAACCUCAUCCACAAUCUGCAGCAAGACCACGACCAACGCUACAGCAAGUUUGACGCCUUCGUCAAUGACUGCAAGACGAAGGACCUGCACCAUAAGGACAAGCUAAGGAAACAAAUCCAAGUCUUUGUCGCCACGGAGGAGAAUAAAAACCACCGUGUGGAUGGAUCGAUGGAUAUCAAGAUGCUGAAACAAGAGCAAAAGGCUGUCCAGGGGCAAAUUAUCAAACUCCAAAAAUCCUUGAGGAAUCCCAUCGUAAAGACGCACCCCAAUGAGAGGGUCAAACAUCUGGAACUGAGCAAGUUAAAUCAAGACUAUGACUCGCGGGAUCAGAAGUUCAAGCAACUCGAGCGGGACAUGGAAGAGAUGCACCACACGUACUGUGAAAACCUCCUUGACAUCCAGUGGAAGGCUGAUCAGAAACAUGCGGAAAUGGAAGCCCAACUGGCCGCACUGAAGGAAAAAAUCCAAAAGCUCCAGUCUCUGGUUUGCAUGCGGCUCUUCGGCAUCGAGAUCCCAGCCACGGGGGCUCUUGUGAAACAAGCGGCGGACAACCAGGCGGACGAAGCGGGACGUAGCCCAGGACACUGGAGCCACAAGACCAGACUCAACCAGACGGUCACCUGGCAGCUACAAAAUGUCAAGGAGCUUCUUCAAAGAGACGUGGAGACUGCCGUCAAGGAGAGGUCGGCUCUGACCAAACUCAUCAACGAGAAGGUCGACGAGGUGUUCCAGGCCAAGAAAGCCCUCCAAAAAGUCACAUGGCAGCUCGAAGUGGCGAAAAAGUUCAAAUCGGGCAAAGUCCCGCAAGAAUUCUGUCCAGAACCCUUGGAGACACCGCUCCACCUCCAGGACGACAAGCAACCCAUGGGCGGCCUGAUGGAAGAAGUCAUCAGGAUCGCGUGCAAGGAUCCCCCGACCGACUCCCAAAACAGGUUAAGCUCCUUGAUGUGCGAUCAAGUGCUGGACAGGCAGUUGAGGAACAGCAAGGAGCUCCUGGAGAGUCACGCCGAGGUGGCCACAAAGAGGAGGACGCAAUUCAUCCUAAUAUUGAACGACAAGACGCACGAGCUGCACGGCCUUCAACGCAAAAUCAAAGACACCAUCAAGGAGCUGGAGAAGCAGAAAUUAGUCGCCGACCAGAAUCUGAGCGUACGCGGAGCUUUGCUACAACUCAAGUAAAUGUGGUCCAUUUUACCUUAUUGCCAAAACAAAAGUGACUUAAAAAAAACAUGAAAAUGUAACGAAAUGAGGAAUAAAGACAACAUGGCAAGAAAUACGCGGAUUAAAAAUGUCUUCUUGAGCUUCAGCUAUUUUGUUGGAAUGUAAAUCCUGUGCGGUUAGUAUGCUAGCACAAAAAAUGAACCAAAAACCAAAUACUACAACAAAUUACAAAGAACAAAAAUAUGUUAUGAACUGGAGAAAAUUAAAAAAUAUCUUUUCUGUUUUAUUUGGUCAAAUUGCAGAGCACACAUAAAUGGUCAGUUUGAAUCAGCUUGGCUUAUUGUGUUAAAGAUUUUUUUUUUUUUUCAGCUAAACAGGUUGUCCAACUUUUAUUAUGAAGGGACUUGAGCAAUAGCUGCGGGCUAACCAUAGAUAGGCUAACAGGUUAGCAAAGUGCCGCUUGGCAAAUUGUCUUUUUCACAUAACUUAG